UCUGACAGGAGAGGACCAAUGAGAGGAUCCAGAUGGUGGUGGGCGGUGGUCCUGCUCUGGGGGGCGUGGCUGGAGGUGGAAUCCAGGUCGAGUCGGGAGGGGCCAGCCCAGAUGCCCUAUCGACCUCUUGUCAGAUUCCGUCACAAGGACGGGAUCCCGGAGAGCCUGCGGAUUAAGGGGUUUUUUGGCCAUAAUGGUUACCCAGGGCCUUGUGAUCACAAAUACUGUGGUUUGGGGAUGCACUGUGUGGUUAACCGUGAGACUGGUCAGGGUGAAUGCGAGUGUUUGGAGCACUGUAAACCACACUAUAAACCCGUGUGUGGUUCUGACGGCAAACUUUACCAGAACCACUGUGAGCUGCAUCGGGCCUCCUGCCAGGCCAGACAGAAGAUCACCAUCAUGCAUAGUGAAGAGUGCUUCUACAAAGAUGAUAACUGUCGUCUAGGCGAUUAUAAGAGGCUGAAGAAUAAGGUAGCAGACCUGCAUGCUCAGAGAUACAAAGGCUCAGGUGACCAUGGCGACCACAAGGAGAACAUGCUAGCAAGGAAACGCUUGGUAGACCUUAUGUUCAAGCGUUUUGACGCCGAUGGCAACGGCCGUAUAGACAGCAGAGAACUAUCACAGGUCAUCAAACAAGAGGGACUAAGCAAGACGGCCUCAGAAUGCACUCUGUUUGACCUCCUGAAGUACAAUGAUAUUAAUGAUGACGAAAACCUCACCAAGGACGAGUUUUACUCUGCAUUUGAGGUUUACCAGCUCAGCCUACCUGAUGAUCAGAGACUGAGUAUUACCACGGUAACGGUGGGCCAGAGUGCCGUGUUGACCUGUGCCAUCACAGGAGAGCAGCGGCCGCCAAUCAUCUGGACACGCAAUAACCAGAUCCUCAACACACUGCAACUGGAGGACAUCAAUAUGCCCUCUCAGGAUUUUGGUGAUGAUGGAUCUCUGUACAUUACCAAGGUGACUACCACUCACAUGGGAAACUACAGCUGCCAUGCUGACGGAUACGAGCAGCUCUCUCAGACACACACCCUGCAGGUCAAUGUACCGCCAGUUAUACGCGUUUACCCGGAGAGCCAGGCACGGGAACCUGGUGUCACUGCCAGUCUGAGGUGUCAUGCUGAAGGCAUUCCCAACCCACAGCUGGCAUGGCUGAAGAAUGGCAUGGACAUCACAACCAAGUUGUCCAAGCAGCUCACAUUACAAGCUAAUGGAAGUGAAGUUCACAUCAGUAACGUGCACUUUGAGGACACUGGCGCGUACACCUGCAUUGCUCGUAACGAGGCGGGUGUGGAUGAGGACAUCUCCUCUCUGUUUGUGGAGGACUCAGCGAGGAAGACGUUGGCAAACAUUCUGUGGAGAGAAGAAGGCCUGGGAAUUGGAAAUAUGUUCUAUGUGUUUUAUGACGAUGGUAUCAAAGUCAUCCAGCCUGUUGCCUGUGAGAUCCAGAGACACAUCAAACCCAGUGAAAAACUCCUGGGUCUGCAGGAGGAAGUUUGUCCAAGCAUCAAGGGGGAAGCAGAGCAAAAGUGCACCUGGGCUUCGGCUGUAAAUGUAAAAGACAGGUUUAUCUAUGCUACUCAGCCAAAGCUGAACAGGAUACUCAUCAUAGACAUCCAAUCACAGAAGGCCAUACAGACGGUGAGUACAGACCGUGUGCCAGUGAAGCUCCAUUAUGACAAGUCACAUGAUCAGGUCUGGGUCCUAAGCUGGGGUGACAUGGAGAAAAACUUCCCUACGCUUCAGGUGAUCAAUCAGGCCAGCGGGAGUGCAUCCCACCACACCAUCCAUACACAGCCGGUGGGCCGCCGCUUCGACAGAGUGGAGGACUUCUUCAUUCCCACUGCCAGUCUCACCAUAAAUCACAUCAGAUUUGGGAUCAUCCUGCAUAAAAACGAGCCAUCCCUCCAUAAAAUUGACCUAGAGACCACCUCCUAUGUGAAGAAUAUCAGUUUGCGGGAGUAUAAUUGUGUUCCUCAGUCGCUGGCCUACACCCAUUUGGGCGGCUACUACUUUGUGAACUGCCGUCCCGACUCUACAGGCGCCCUGCAGCCCCAGCUUAUCUUGGACAGUGUGACAGAUGCCGUGAUUGGCACCAACGGCGAGGUGACGGGCACGCCCUAUAUUUCACCCGACGGGCACCAUCUGGUGAGCGUGGACGAUCGUGACGGGCUGAUGCGACUCCAGCCUGUGUCGGUACAAGGCGAGAUCGGUCAGCCCUUUGACAUCCACACCAACCUACACCUGUCUGAUCUGGCCUUCAUGCCUUCCUUCACUGAGGUGCACCAGUACAACGUGUUCGGCAGCUCCAGCCUCCAGACCGAUGCCCUCUACGUGGAACUCAGCACCGGGAACGUCAAGAUGAUCAAGAGCCUGAAAGAGCCCGUGCCUGCUGCACAGUGGCCCUGGGACCGCCGCAAUCGCGUCAUGGUUGGAAGCGGCCUCUUCGGCCAGUAUCUGAUGACCCCGUCCCAAAGGUCGUUAUUCGUCCUGGAUGGCCGACUGGACAAGCUGAACUGUGAAAUCACGGAUGUGCCCGGGGGGAACACUGUCGUGUGGGUGGGAGAGGCGUAA